UGUGUGUGUGUAGGUCUCUGCUUCCCAGCACAUGCUCCACUUCCCUGAGAAGAGCAGAGAGAAGCCGUCUGACCUGCAGAACUUUGGACUCAGACCAGACAUCUAUGCCAGAAAACACCCCAAGAGUAAAGGUGCGAGUGCUGGGAGAGAUUGGAUGGAGCAGGAGACACUACUGCUGCUGGAGGCACUGGAGAUGUAUAAGGACGACUGGAAUAAGGUGUCUGAGCACGUGGGCAGCGCGCACGCAGGACGAGUGUAUCCUGCACUUCCUGCGUCUGCCCAUAGAGGACCCGUACCUGGAGAAUUCUGAGGCCUCAUUGGGCCCCUUGGCCUUCCAGCCCGUGCCCUUCAGCCAAUCAGGGAACCCCGUCAUGAGCACUGUAGCGUUCCUCGCCUCCGUGGUCGACCCCCGGGUUGCUUCUGCCGCUGCCAAAGCAGCACUAGAGGAGUUUUCUCAAGUGCGUGAGGAGAUGCCAGCUGAUCUGGUCGACACAAAGAAAGUCUCAGAACCAGGACGGAGUUUUGGAGUGCAAGUUAAGACAGAUUCUGACAGGAUGGAUACAGAUGCUGAGCAGUCUGAGAGGACGGAGGACAGGUUAGAAGGCGAGCAGUCUUCAGAGUCCGCAGAGGGCGAGCGAGUGAAGAGUGAGGCAACAGAACAGGACGUGGACGAGGAGCUGCGAGGCGAGGAGCGCCCAUCAGGUGAGGGACGGGGGCAGGAGAGAGGACUGGAGCGCCCAUCAGAGGAGGGCCAGGAGAUGGGGCUAGUGCCGGUGGAGAGGGAAGACCCUAUGAGGAGGGCGGAGCUAGACCUGGUGGAGGCAAACAUCGCCACGGCAGCAGCUGCUGCUCUCGCCUCUGCUGCCACUAAAGCCAAGCACCUGGCCGCAGUGGAGGAGAGGAAGAUCAAGUCUCUGGUGGCCCUGCUGGUGGAGACGCAGAUGAAGAAGCUGGAGAUCAAACUCAGACACUUCGAGGAGCUGGAGACCAUCAUGGACCGCGAGAAAGAGGCUCUGGAGCAGCAGAGGCAGCAGUUGUUGACUGAGAGGCAGAACUUCCACCAGGAGCAGGUGAAGUACGCAGAGAUGAAGGCCCGACAGCAGCUGGAACCACAGGCUCCCACACACACACCUGCCUACAACCUACAGCAUGGGCGUGUGAUGGCUACAGGUGCGACAGGUCAGAUGAUGGGCCCUCGACAGCCUGGAGCCCCAAAUGGCAUGUACCCCACGCCCCCCAGCGCACAGCCUGAUGGGAUAGCGUCAGCUUCUGCUGGUCCUCCAGGAGCGCCACACAUCCCAGGACGACCUCCGACAGACAGCUGAGACCACACCCCUUCAUACGCAACCAAUCGCACACAGCUGAGACCACACCCCUUUAUACGCAACCAAUUACACACAGCUGAGACCACACCUCUUUAUACACAACCAGUCACACACAGCUGAGACUACACCAUCCAAUGAGCCAGCCAAUCACACACAGCCGAUACUACGUCAGCCAAUCACAGAAAUGGGUUACAAUGCCCCCGGAUAAACAACCAAUCACAAAUGGCUGAGACCCAGCACACAAACACACACACACACAUACACACAGUCACAGUGAUGUGUGUGUGUGUGUGUGUGUUUUGAGCAGAAGGUAUCACCUGUCCCUGUGGGUCCAAUAUUCGGAUGACUGUGGUAUCCCAGCAGCCCUUGUGCAUUUGAACCUGGCAGGGUGACUGCAGGUUCUCUGUGUCCGUUCUGUCGUGUUUGUGAUAUUCCAGUUGUCAGUGGUGUUUCCUGUUGUUUGGGUUUUUUAAAGACACACGCCUUGUGGUUUUGGACUCGCUCUUUCUUCAUGUCUGACGUUUACGCUUGUUGAGUUUUGAUAAGGCAGUCCUUAAUCAGGCCUAACAGGCAAAGCCACUGUCAAAUAAAUUUGUUUUGUAUGAAA